AUGUGCAUCCCAAAGCUGCCGGCUGUGCUCCUGGUUCUCUCCGUGGCCUUCAGCUACCUCAAAGCGACACCCGUGGAAAGUCAUCACAUGGACAAACGUAAGUGCAACACAGCCACCUGUGCAACGCAACGCCUGGCAAACUUUCUGGUUCGUUCCAGCAGCAGCCUUGGAGUGAUUCUCCCAGCUACCAACGUGGGAUCCAACACCUACGGCAAGAGGACUGCAGUGGAGGGUUUAACCAGGGAACCGCUCAAUUACUUCCCCCUUUAGAGGCCCAUACACUGCCACAGAUCUCAU